AUGUUAAAGUUUUAUGUUGGAUCAAAAUUUUCAAAUUUCUACCCAAUUUCGGAUAAUGAUGAUAUGCAAACAAUCAAAAAUACUGCGGAAUAUAUAAUAAAGACAAAUUUUGAUAAAGAAAUCGAUUUUUUUCAAGUAAAUGAUAUUUUAUUUUCGAUAAAUCGCUUUAAUCAGAUAUAUUUCAUUGUACAAGCUAUAGGGCUGUCUAACAAGUUAAUGAAAUACAUCGCAAAUACGCUCAAAAAAAUUGCAAUAUUUUUAUUCGGACCAGAAUUUCAAAAUUCCAUGCUUGAUAAUAUAAGCCAGAGUUAUCAAACAGUAUUUUCAAAUUACAUUUCAGCGUAUCAUGAACUUAUUACAGAAAAUUCUCGAUUUUUGGGAGGAAUUAUUCCUCAUUCAAAUAAUUACAUUUCAAAUUGCCAAUAUAUCACCAGAAAAUUACCUCCUGAUGGAAUUCCAGAAGAUCUCGAAUUCGUUGAUUGUAUUAUUUUUAAGGACGAUGAAAUUAUUGGUAGAUUGUCGAAAAAUUCCGAAUCAAGACUAGAUAAUUUCGAUUUAGUAAUGUUAAUGAUCUUUCACAGAGUAGAUUUUCCAGAAAAAGGCGAUCCAAACCCAGAAUUAAUCGAAGUUAAUUACGUUACUAAUACAGAACCAUCUCCUAUUCACUAUAGAGCAGGAUUUCUUAAAGUUAAUGGGAAAUUACAACGAUGCUCAAUAGCUGCUGUAAGAUUGGGUUUAAAUUCUUCAUAUACUUCUCUUUUUAUCACUUUAAAUCCAACAGCAAAUGAAAAACGUGAUUUAUCCAUGAAUAUCCUUGGAUUGGUUUCCGCAACAAUAAUGGAUCUUGAAAGUCAUUCAAAACCAAUCAAAAUUUCAUUACCUCCAACAGCAGUAAUGGUUUUGGUCGUCAAUAGAACAACAGGAGAAGCAAUUGAGAUUUCUUCAGCAUCAAAUGAUCGAUCAAAAAAAAUUUCGGAUUUAUUAUUCAAAAAUUUGAUCAACAGAUCAAUGGAAGCCAUACCACGAGGUUUUUCAACACUUUUAUGGAAUGACUCUCUAUUUGACUUCAUUUAUGAUAUAGGAUUUAAGAAAGAAAAAAAUAUAAUUGAUUUUCCAUCAUCUUUUGACCCAAUUGAAGUUGGCGAUCACCAUAAUAUUUACAGACACAUAACAACACUUAUAUUUGGUCCGCGAGCCAAUAUAGACUUUUUUGAAAUUUAUGGCAUUUUUCUUUCAUCUCAUUUGCAAUCUGAGCUCAUUGCAGUUUCUAGAUAUAUCGGGUUUGCCAUAAUGCAUCAGAUGCCGUCAAGAGACUUUCCAAACUGUUUUCCUAAACACGUCAGAACUGGAAGUCAAGGAAUCCUCGCAACUGAUGCAGCAAGAUUGCAAAAAUCAUCAUCUUCAACAACAUUUAAAAAGAAACAACUAAGAAAUUCUGAUGUGAAUUGA